CUUUCUCCCUUCCCUCCCUUCUGUCUCUCUUUUCUGGUUUAUUUGACUGGUCGAACGAGUCCGGGAUUAAUCUGCAAUCAGCCGAGUCCACUAUGGGACAGAUUCCUAAAGUGCGGAGAAAAGUCUCGGAGAAACUGGUCUGGAAGUUUCGGGAGUCGGUGCCUUCUCAGCUUGGUGUCAGUCUGGAAGAAUUCGCCCCCAGCCAGCUGCGAGCAUGGAACCGCUGAGAAACCUCACCCUCUUCAUCUGCUAUCUGGGCUGCCUCUGGUACCUGCCCCGCUCCGACUCGGCCGCUGUGCUCGCCCGCCCCGGCAAAGCGGAGGCCGGUCUCCGCCAGCGGCCGCUCGGGACCGGGGCCGGGGCCGGGGCCGGCAAGCGGCAGCCCCCCGGAGCUGGGAGAUGGGGUCCCGGGGCCGGGGGAGGCGGGACGGCGGGCGUGAGAUCAGGAAGCUCCGGGCUCAGGAGAGGGAACCGGAGGACGGGGGAGGGGACGCUCAGGACCGAGAAGGGCAAGGCCGAGGGAGGAGCGGCCAGCGCUCUGCGGAGGGCGAAGAAAACUGGGAACCCCCAGGUGACCCCUCACGAUUACAUGCUGUUCCUGUACAAGACCCUGUCAGUGGCAGAGCGGAGAGGCUCCAACAGCAGUCUGCAGCAAGGGGCGGCAAACACCAUCACCAGCUUCGUGGAUAGGGGAGAAGAUGAUCAUCACACUUAUGUGAGGAAACAGAAGUAUAUUUUCAACAUCAGUGCUAUGGAGAAGGAAGGGUUAUUAGGAGCAGAGCUGCGGAUCCUGCGGGCACAGCCCAUAGACCUGAGGAGGGCACGAGUUCCGGGAAGCAUGUACAAUCUCAGAAUAUCCAAGUGCCCCACAGAUAAACAGAAACCAAUCAUACUCGACUCUCGCUCUGUUGACAUUUUGGAUGCGCCCAAAUGGGAAGUCUUCAACAUUUGGAAGCUCUUCAAAAUGUCCAGAAAGGAGCAGCAGUUGACUCAGCUUUGCUUGGAACUGGAGGCCUCGGACAGAGGAAGGACAGUGGAUUUAAGAAGCUUGGGUUUUAGUAGAGCAGGUCGCCAAAACAAAGAGAAAGCUCUUCUGCUGGUGUCUGGUAGGACCAAAAAACGGGACCUGUUCUUCAAUGAAGUCAAAGCCAGAUCUGGACAGGAUGAUAAGACUGUUUAUGAAUUCCUGUUCAAUCAGAGGAGGAAGAGAAGAGCCCCUCACUCAUCCCGCCAGGCAAAAGGCAAGAAGGCCAAGCCAAGGUGCACUAGAAGACCUCUCCAUGUGAACUUUAAGGAGAUGGGCUGGGAUGACUGGAUCAUUGCUCCAUUGGACUAUGAAGCUUAUCACUGUGAGGGGGUUUGUGACUUUCCCCUUCGGUCUCACUUAGAACCCACAAACCAUGCCAUUAUCCAGACAUUGAUGAAUUCCAUGGACCCAGAAUCGACUCCACCUAGUUGCUGUGUACCCACAAAACUAAGCCCCAUUAGUAUUUUGUACAUAGACUCUGCUAAUAAUGUGGUCUACAAACAGUAUGAGGAUAUGGUAGUGGAGUCCUGUGGGUGCAGGUAGCAUUGGACUGAAUUAUUGGGCAAUCAGUAAUAGGUACAAAUAUGGGACUUGUGCCAUAUUGAGUAUUGAAGGUACAGUUGGUUUUCUGGUGGUGCCAAUUGCUGUCAAGACACCACAGAACUUUGAUAAUAACUAAACAUGAAUAUUCAAUGGUGCAGAAACUAAAUUGUUGCUGAAGCCAAGCAAGCAUCAGCAUUGGCUCCAAAUUAACUCAAGCAACCAAAUUGGUUCCAAAGCGUUUUCCUCUGGAUGACAUGUCCUUUCACUGCAGUGAUUUGGUGCCAAGAAUCCAACUGAUGAUGUAAACAGUCCAUGCUACUGGUAGUUCACACGACCACCACAAUCCGCUCACCCAUCACUGCCCGCUUAACUGAGACAGAGAUGGUGCUGGGGGACGAGUAAUCCUAGGAGGAAGGGCGUGGGUUGGUGGGGGAGGGGAUUUAAGGGAGGGAGAUUAAACUGAGGCUUGGCUCCAGAAAGAUUCUCUUUACUAACUUGGGGCAAACUGUAAUCCUUGUUCUACACUCAGCGGCUGAUGUUGCAGCUGCUGGUUCGUUAAUUUCAGAGCAAUCCCAUUAAAUAUCAUCCCCUGAUCAAGGCGAACAGGCAUUAUCCAGAAUGUUAUCACGGUGUCCUCUGUACCACUGAACAAAUACUUAGAGAAAAAUUGAGACCAUCUUCUGUUAUGUUGAUGGCCAACCUGAUGGCACCAUUCUCUCUUGACCCAUCAGGGGGUGAGAGGGCAUGUGAUGUUGCAGAGAAUCUUCUGCAGGUUAUCAGGGCAAUCAGCAGUAACCCUAAGGGGUCAGUUCCACAAAUCCAUGCUGUGAAUGGGUGCAAGGCUUGAUGCGAGCAGCGAUAUGUUUGGAAAAAUUAACCCCUAAACCAUUCACAUACUACUUGCACUCUCCAAUCUGUGAUCACAAUGGGUUGUUGCCUGAUAUUCUAACCUUCUGUUUUGUGAGGGAGCAAGCUGAGCAGGUAGCAGUCGAGCCCUGCUCAAUAGCUGGUUCUAUCAGAACUGCCGCCAACUCCUUGUCAAUAGCAAUGCAUUAAACAGCUGCUCCCCUGUUAAAGUGAAAUUAUAAAUCACACAGCUUUCAAACCUGGAAACAAGCAGUCUUAUUUAAACCAGCAUGGUCCAGAGGUUUGAACUCCAAAUAAAUGGAUUUCUAAUCUUAGUCCUGUUAGAAGCAAAAAAAAAAUGUUCUCCUAUGAUUAAAAAUGGGGAGGGGUAAACACUCAGAGGCAGAGGCAGGCAGACCACACAUCCACCUCUCCAACCCUGCAGAAUGCUAUAUCGUUUAACUCACUCAAAAACCAUUCAUUAACUAUCAGAGCCCAUAAGUGACAACACCAGAGGCCUGAUAAUAGGCCAGCUCUGGGUUCGGCAAAGCUGUGUGCACAUUGUGAUUCAAAAAAAUAAACAGGGAGAAAAUCUAUAAUGGCCAGGAUUUUAUGGCCCCUCCCACCCGCUGGGAUAUUACAGUCCUGCUGAGCUGAAUGGAGAUUUAAAUGGCUCGCUGCAUCCACUGGGGUGGGGAGACACGCCACUGUGGGGCCAUAAAAUCAUGGCUAAUGUCUCUUAAAAGCUGAAAAAAACUUUAAAAUUUUAGGGAUGGGGAGAUGAGGAGCACUGGGAAAUACCACUCAGUGGGAUGUGUCCACACCUUGGCCAACAGAAUCGCAGCAGUGCCCUCGCACAUCUUAUUGCUAUUUCAAUUGCUCGCUUUGCCACUCAUAACGGGCUCCUGGUAUCUAAUGGGUUCAAAUCACACUUGUCAGUCGUUGGUUAACCAACUAGACACUGGCCUCCAUGGAGGCAAACUAACAGUCUGCUUGUAUAGAGUUGGAGGUUCCUAAGCCUUGGCCCUGCCCACCUGUGCCUAAACUCCCCACUCAAAACAAAUAGAAAUACAUCCCAGUACAUUUCCUGUUGGAGACAGCUUUGCCCUUGGUUAUAGCUAUGUAUCUGUCCCUUUCAAUUUCAGAGCCAUGUCUCACAUUGUAAUCCUGCACCUAUUGACAUCAUCAAGUAGGCAAUCCAAAAGGGGGUGUUACAGCCUUAAUAAGAAAGAUUUGGUUUGGCUCAACUACUUUGGAAAUUUCCACUACACUCGCUGUCAUGGUGAUUAAUGCAAUUAUCCAAUCAAUUCUCUGCUUCAAGCCCUCCUCAAACAUUUUACAAUAAUGCUGUCCCUUUAACUGGGAACAGAUUAGCUGCACAAACUGGACUCUAAAAUUGAACUCUCUCCCUUCUAGUAAUUGUAAAUUUGCAAACCUUAAUCACUCCUUUUAUGAGGGUAAGGGUUAAAUCUCAGUAAUGAAAGACUUCAUUGGCUUUUAAAACCAAUAUUUCUUCAUAAAACAUCUGCAAAAUGACUUUCCUGGACGUCAAUAAUGAAGAACUAUGUAAAGCUAGAGGACUGUACAAAGGUACACACUAAUGUAUGGCGAUAAUAUUCUGGGUAACAAGAGAUAAUGCUUUAAUUUGCUUCUAUUUUUGCAUUUGUUGUUAAGAUGUUCCUAGUUCUCACAGGGUUAAGGAAGGUGUUUAGAAAUUUUAAACAUUAGCAAUGAGUCAGCUGUCAGAAUGUGAAGUAUAUCCCUCUUUUCCCCUUCCCCAGUGUUAUAAUUAGGCUCAAUCCAAGCACUGAUUAGUGUGAGACGCAUGAGGCAGAACAGUGAGGAUCUGAGGAACACUUCCUUAAUGGUGAGAAACUAGGAACUGUGGGUGAGCAAAGGGGUUUGGGCAUCAGUGUGCACCACUCACUAUAAGCUAGCACAGAAGUACAAAAAUAAUUUAACAACUCUGAUGGAAUGUUGACUUUUUCCCAAGGGGAUUAGAAUAGAAAAGUGAGAAAGUGAUACUUCAGUUGUACAGAGACUUGGUCAGACCCCAGUUGGAGUACUGUGUUCAGUUUUGUACACCUCAGCCUUGGAAGGGGUGCAGUAGAGAUUCACCAGAGUGAUACCGGGGCUUAAGGGGUCAAAUUAAGAGGGCGCGUAUCAUCUUUGUUGAUAUGCUGUGGUAUUUAGAAGGCUGAUGGAUGAUCCAAUUGAGCUACUUAAAAUGGUUAAGGGAUUUGAUAGGGCAGAUACAAAGAAUUUAUUUCUUAUGGUGGGAGAGUCCAGAACAGGAGAGCAGAAUGUUGACUUUAGUGCUACGCUAGGAGUAAGAUCAGGGAGCACCUUCACACAGAAAUCUUAAACUCUCUCCCUCAAAAAGCUGUAGAUACCGGGGCUGAAUUAAGAAUUUCACAACCGUUAUCAGUAGAUUUUUGUUAGGGUAGAGAACCAAAAGGGAUACGGAAUAAAGAUACGGUAAAUGGAAUUGAGAUAAGGAUCAGCAAUUGAAUGAUGAAACAGGCUUGAAAAGCUGAAUAUGUUUUCCCAUUCCUUCAUUUCCAUAUUCCACUCCUACUGUCAUGUUGGGCAUCAGCAUCUGUGACGCGACAUUGGUAACUGAUGCUGACGUGCAGCAAGAUCCCACUUGUGAUAAAUUUGAUCCCAAACCUUCAGCCCCUUCUCCAGAUGUUUCAGUCUGCCGAAAGGUCAGGAAGGCUGAAGCAGACUAAAGAAAUGCAGAGAUAACAAAGGAAAACCUUGGUGACUCCCAACCCAGUAGGUUGAUUGGAAAUCGUUUGGUUGUCCCAUCUUGAAGGGUUCGGCCAUCAUUUCCUUUCCUAUGCCAGCCAAAAGAACACAAAAUUGUUCCCAUUAUCUGUUGCUACAGCCUUGGUACUCUUCCAACUCUCUGCUGGUGCCAAGGUAUCAGCAUGGGGAGGGAGGGUGAGGGUGGGGGCAGGCCAGGGGAAGGCAUCACUACUCAACCCUGUGUCAUACGUGUGCACAAUGGUACACUUUACACUUAGUAGUGGCAUUCAUCACAUUGACAUCAAUGGAUAUGAACCUAUCAGAAGGCUCAAUAUGCCAGUCUGCCCUGUAAGGAUGAACCUAAUACUGUACAGAAUUUUCUAGGGGAGGGAGGGGAAAUUCACUAUAACUUUCAGCAACAGCCGUGGAUAUAAUCACUGCAUGUUGGAAUGAAAUCAGAUAUGUGAACUCUUUAACGUGUAUGAAGAGGAACUUGCUAUCAGUUUAUAAAUGUUACUGUAAAUUAGCCAUUGUUGCAAUUUUUCCGAACGCAUGUAACAUAGAAGAAUAUGAACAAAUGAGAUGUGCUUGAGGUAAAAAGAACCUUGAAUGCUGAAAUUCUGAAAUAAAAACAGAAAAUAUUGGAAA